GUCAAUAUUUGCAAGAACGUGAAACAUGACACCCUGACUCGCGUUGCUCGCUCGCUGAUUUGACUCGUCUCGAGUGUAUUUAACUUAACCGUGAACGAUUCAGUGUUCAUCUCCUUCAUUUUCAUUUUCAUUUCAAUUCAAAUCAAAAACCUCUUUUCUAUUAAUCUAAGGUGGUCACACAACACAACACCUAAAUAAUAACAAUAUGAAGAUCCAGUGCGAUGUCUGUAACGAGAACCACGCUUCUUUAUUCUGCACCGCCGAUGAAGCCGCCCUCUGCGACGACUGCGACCACCGUGUCCACCACGCCAACAAGCUCGCCUCCAAACACCACCGCUUCUCUCUCACCCACCCCUCUGCUAAGCAUUUUCCUGUCUGUGAUGUUUGCCAGGAGAAAAGAGCUUUUGUGUUUUGUCAGCAAGAUAGAGCAAUUCUGUGCAAAGACUGUGACGUGUCCAUUCAUUCUGUUAACGAACUCACCAAGAACCAUAGCAGGUUUCUUCUCACCGGGAUCAAGUUCUCUACUUCUGCCAUGCCUUAUUCUUCUUCAUCAUCACCCAAGAAAAACCCAAACCCUCUUCUCGUUACUUCACACGCACCUUCCAAUCCUCCUUCAACACCCUCACCUCCUAAGCCUGGAGGAAUCCUGCAAACAAAUCAAGCACCGGGUUUCACUGGUAGCAGCAUAUCAGAGUACUUGAUAAACACUAUCCCAGGCAUGAAGUUCGAAGAUUUUCUCGAUUCCCAUUCAACUUUUGAUUGCUCUAAGAAUGGUGAUGAAAUGUUGUCGGCGUUUGGUGAGGGAAACAUGGUUUCGUUCUCCUCUGGAGGGAUCUGGGUUCCUCAAGCGCCACCUUCUGCGGGUGCUGCUGCAUGUUGGGAAGAGAUGGGUGAAAAGAAUGGGUACAGAGAGGGAAGGAAAGGUAGCGUUAGAUCAAGUUUUGGCGAUGAUAAUAAUUUCGUAGUUCCUCAGAUGAGUCCUCCCAGUAACGUUCCCAAGAAAUCCAGGUUUCUUUGGUAGAACAGAGGCACCUCAUGUGGUUUGAAUUUCACUCUCUCCCCUUGCUUUAUAGUGUUAAUCUGGUUUUGUUUCCUUCUCCGUUGUCCUCUACUACUCUCUGCUAUAGCUGCUCCUCUCUUGGGUUAUCUACAUACUACUCUAUCUCUUCCAAAUUGUAAAUACCAACGUUUCCAUAGAGCUCUCUGCGCUCAAACUUGGAAUUGGUUCUGUUUCUGCUGCAUCUUACAAAAGAACCAAGUUUUUAAAA